CCCACAAACAAAUUGAUUUAACACUAAAUUUAUAAACCAAAUAAUAAUCUAGCCAUGCCUAUUUACUCCGACUCCGAUGAUCGAGCUCCCGGCCCGUCGCAGCCGUCCAAAUUCUUCGGCAGGAACAGGCCAUUGCAUUCUUAUUUAGGUGGACGUAGAGUUGCUGAUGUAUUAUUGUGGAGGAACAAGACUUUAACAGCAACAAUUCUAUCAGGGUUUACAAUCAUAUGGUUUCUAUUUGAGGUGGUUGAGCUUCAUUUCAUCACUGUUGCUUGUUACCUUCUCAUGACCUUCAUGCUCUUCCUUUUUAUAUCUAUUCAAGGAUCCACUUUCCUUAAAUGGAGACCUCCAACAAUACAUGACAUUCAAAUAUCAGAUUCAACUGCCAAACACAUGGUAUCAAGAAUAAACAAGCUCCUUAUAAAAAUGUACAAGAUUUCAUGUGGAGAAGAACUUACACGAUUCUUUGUGACCCUUGCGUCUCUUUGGGUGUUAUCCAUCUUCGGAAGCUACUCCAGCGCUCUCAAUGUCUUGUAUGUCGUUUUUCUAUGCCUGGUUACAAUUCCAGUUCUAUACGAACGAUAUGAGAGGGAGGUGACAUACCUUGCCUCUCAAGGGAAAGGAGAUAUAAAGAGGUUGUACAAGAAGGUGGACAAUAAGUUUCUGAGUAAAAUUCCUAGAGGUCCUGUCAAGUAGAGGAAAUACAUGUAACUCUAUUAAUUAUUUCAAUUGUCAUUGAAUAAUCUUUUACAUCUUAUAUGUACAUAAAAUAAAAAUAAAAUACAAGAAAUACUUUCAUUUUAUUGUUCAAGGAAGAACAAAAUGUGUUUUAACACAUGAUUAGUCAAAUUUAUUCUUACCGUAAGUGCACGUAGUUGGGAGUAUAGCAUGAGAAUAUUUAGUUUGAAUUUUCUAAAAGUUGUACUUGUACACGAUUAUAAUGAAUGAGAAAAAUAGGCUAUUAAUACAAUUACGUAUGUUAUAUUGAAUUUGAACAACCGUUAAUGUUUUUAUGAAUAAAGG